AAUGAACUCAAGAAGCACACAUCUUACAGAAUAUGCAAUAAAAGAAAUCAUUUCCGAGAAAUUCACUUCUUGGAAAUAAAUCAGCCCUUCAUAAAUCAAUAUCUCUAGAUUGACAGGGUUAACAAAUAUCACAUACAAAGCAUAGGCUAUGAUGGACACUACACCAUAAACAAUAUUGUUUAGAGAGUAAUGAUUGUUAUCAUUUAUAAUUAGAUUUGGUAAUGCUGAAGGAUUCGUGGAUUCAUAACAAGAGAGAAUUGUAUUUAAAACAAUUUCUGAUAUGGAUCUUGGACCUUAAUAGUUAGAAUGUGGUGACAGUUGGAGAAUGGAAGAAUUUGUAAAAGAUGGAGUACAUCCCAACAAUUAAAAAAUGGCUGAAGCUAAUUUCUAAUUUAAGUCUAUGGGAGUUUUAUAGAAAUUCCAUUAGAUGGACAUACCUAUACCAAAUAAUGGAUCAUCAUUGAUUUUAAGAAAGACAAUUUCUGAGGAAAUGAAAGAAAAUGUAAUUAAGAAGAUAGAAAAACGACAAUUGUAUACAGAUGUAGAACUAAAAUAAUUGGAAUGUAUGGAAAACUUUAUUAAUAAUGCAGAAGAAUUCAAUUAUUUAAAUGAGAUGACAUAGAAGGAGAAUCAUGAGGAGGUAUUAUUAUUAACAAUAAUUUUUAGUUAAAAUUCUGCCAUAAUGAUUUGAAUUAAUUAAACAUUUUUAACACAUCUAAGAAGGAUAAGGAAAUUAUUUUUAUAGAUUAUGAAUAUUGUUCAUAUAAUUAUCCCUCUUAUGAUAUUGCUAAUUUCUUAAAUGAAUCUGCAAUAAACUAUUAACAUGAAGAAGAACCUUACUAUAUUCUUGUUGAUGACAAUUUUAAUAGUGCUCCAAUUUAAGCACAUUUUCUUGCAUUAAGUUAUAUAAUCAAUAAGGAAUGUACUUAAAUGGAAAUAGAUUAAAUAUAAAAGUUAAUAAAUGAAAAAACCAAUAAAAAUAAAGAUGAAUUAAAGAAUUUUAUUGGAUUAGUUAAAUAAAUUCUUGAAUAAAGAUUGAGUGAAUAAGAAAUUGUGAAUUUAUUUAAUGCAAUUUCUUAUUUGAAAAGAAGAAUAAGAAGAUUUUAAAUAAUAUCAAAUUUAAAUUGGGUAUGGUGGAGUAUUCUUUUGGCUCAUGAAAAGAAUUCUCUUAAUUUUGAAUAUAUUGAUUAUGGUUUAUUGAGAUUUAAGAUGCUUGAGAAAUUAUUAGAAUUAGAAAAAGCAAGAAAAAGUACUAAUUGAUUUUACUAUUGUAAAUAUUUGUUUUUUGUUAGAGUCUUUAAUUAUAAUUUUUAUUCAUAUAUAUAUUUAUAAAAUGUAAUCAAUAGAGAAAGAAGAAGUAAAAUUAUAAAUUUCUAAAUGAGAUUCCAUACUUUAAAUUUUGUUAGAAACUUGGUGGAGUGAAAAUGAAAGAUAUUUACAUUUCACCUACAAAGGCUGCAACAUUUCUUCAUUUAAUUAAUAAUGUAAGGUUUUUUAUUUAAUUAUUAAAUAGAAAUGUCCAAAAUAAACAGCACUUCAAUUUGCAUAAAGACGUAUUUGUAAAUGGGAUACUACUAUUAAAAUGGAUGGACCUAGUACAUGUCGUAUUUUGAAACCAAAAGAUAGUAAGGAUGUAUUAUAAGUAUAUAAAUACUUUAGAAAAGGAUUAAUGGAUGGUAAAAUAUUGGAUUAGAAAUGUAUUAUGAUAAUAAGGCAACUAUUGCAGAUAAAAAUUAAUUAGAGUUAGAUUUUGAUAAUGAUGCAAUUUAAAAAUAAAUUGAAAAGAAUGAAAUGAAAUUAAAGAAUGAUUUUAAAAAUAAAAUAGCCCAUUUGUAAUAAUUCUAUAGAGAUCUUAAUAAGAAAUAUUGUUUUAAUUCAAAUGAUCCUGAUUUCAAAAAUAAAAUUAGAAAAGCCAAAUUUGAUUUACUUAAUAAUAGGAAUUUACCUAUUAAAUAUUUUAAAACUAAAGGAAUGAAGUAUAUUGAAAUUUAUAAUGAAUUAAAUAAAAAGAAUACUAAUGAUAUAAGUGAAGGACUAUUAAAACGUUUACGUGUAUUUAAUUAGUUAAGAACUGAUUAAUAUAGAGUAAAAGAGAAAUCUAUGGCAGAUAUUUAUAGAUAAAAGAAAGAAAACUAGAGUCCAAUUCACAAAGAACUACAACAUGAUGUUAAUAUCUAUGAUAAUAUGGAAGAAUAGAGUGAAUAGAUGUUAAAGAUAAUAGAUUAAAGUAAUGAAUUUUCAAUGAAACUUAAAAAAAAUGAAUAAAAACCUGUAGUAUCUUAAAAGGCAAUAGUUUUUGCUGAAGAUUUUAAUAGAGCAAAAUAUUUAUUCAAUUUAACUAAAUAGAAUUAAAUGUAAAAGAUGUUUGAAAUACCUGAAGUACCUUAAUUAGUGAUUCCUUAAAGUAGUUAAUCAAUACGAUUAAUGAAGAAUUUAUCAUCACCUACUAGUUUAGAUGAAUAAUUUGAUAAUUGUCUAAAUUAAUAUGCACGAGAAGUCAUAGAAUAUUAAUAAGAAAUUAUAGAAAAAGAAAUAUCAACUGAUAAUAUUGAAAAAUUAUUAUAAGAGAAAGAGAUUUUGAGAUGCAGUUAAAUGAGAAAAGUAUCUAGGACAUAUCAUUCUCCUUAACCUAGUGUUCAUUUAGAUUCUAGUAGAUAGAUGAGAUAUUAAUAGCAAUUAUCUUCUAGAGAUAGGGAAUCUACUAAAGCUGGGAAUUCAUUUCAUUUAAAAUCAAGAACUUAUGCUGUUAGUCCAUUUUGUAAAUGA